CCUGAAGACAGCAGCACAGCUGAGGAUUCCACUUCUGCACCUGAUGAGAGCACCACAGCUGAGGAUUCCACUUCUCUACCUGAUGAGAGCACCACAGUAGAGGACGAAACUACAUCCGCUCCUGAAGAGAGUACUACAGCUGAGGAUUCGACUUCUGCACCUGAAGACAGCAGCACAGCUGAGGAUUCGACUUCUGCACCUGAAGACAGCACUACAGCUGAGGAUUCCACUUCUGCACCUGAUGAGAGCACCACAGCUGAGGAUUCGACUUCUGCACCUGAUGAGAGCACCACAGCUGAGGAUUCGACUUCUGCACCUGAAGACAGCACCACAACAGCUGAGGAUUCCACUUCUGCACCUGAAGACAGCACUACAGCUGAGGAUUCCACUUCUGCACCUGAUGAGAGCACCACAGCUGAGGAUUCCACUUCUCCACCUGAUGAGAGCACCACAGUAGAGGACGAAACUACAUCCGCUCCUGAAGAGAGUACUACAGCUGAGGAUUCGACUGCUGCACCUGAAGAGAGCACCACAGCUGAGGACGAUACUACAUCCGCUCCUGAAGACAGCACCACAGCUGAGGACGAUACUACAUCCGCUCCUGAAGACAGCACCACAGCUGAGGAUUCGACUUCUGCACCUGAAGAGAGCACCACAGUAGAGGAUUCGACUUCUGCACCUGAUGAGAGCACCACAGUAGAGGACGAAACUACAUCCGCUCCUGAAGACAGCACUACAGUAGAGGAUUCGACUUCUGCACCUGAAGACAGCACCACAGCUGAGGACGAUACUACAUCCGCUCCUGAAGAGAGUACUACGGCUGAGGAUUCGACUGCUGCACCUGAAGAGAGCACUACAGUAGAGGAUUCUACUUCUGCACCUGAAGAUGGCACCACAGCUGAGGAUUCGACUUCUGCACCUGAAGACAGCACCACAACUGAGGAUUCCACUUCUGCACCUGAUGAGAGCACCACAGCUGAGGACGAUACUACAUCCGCUCCUGAAGACAGCACCACAGCUGAGGAUUCGACUUCUGCACCUGAAGAGAGCACUACAGUAGAGGACGGAACUACAUCCGCUCCUGAAGAGAGUACUACAGCUGAGGAUUCCACUUCUGCACCUGAUGAGAGCACCACAGCUGAGGAUUCGACUUCUGCACCUGAAGACAGCACCACAGCUGAGGAUUCCACUUCUGCACCUGAAGACAGCACUACAGCUGAGGAUUCCACUUCUGCACCUGAUGAGAGCACCACAGCUGAGGAUUCGACUUCUGCACCUGAUGAGAGCACCACAGAUUCGACUUCUGCACCUGAAGACAGCACCACAGCUGAGGAUUCCACUUCUGCACCUGAAGACAGCACUACAGCUGAGGAUUCCACUUCUGCACCUGAUGAGAGCACCACAGCUGAGGAUUCGACUUCUGCACCUGAUGAGAGCACCACAGCUGAGGAUUCGACUUCUGCAUCUGAAGACAGCACUACAGCUGAGGAUUCCACUUCUGCACCUGAUGAGAGCACCACAGUAGAGGAUUCGACUUCUGCACCUGAUGAGAGCACCACAGCUGAGGAUUCGACUUCUGCACCUGAUGAGAGCACCACAGCUGAGGAUUCCACUUCUGCACCUGAAGACAGCACCACAGCUGAGGAUUCCACUUCUGCACCUGAAGACAGCACGACAGCUGAGGAUUCCACUUCUGCACCUGAUGAGAGCACCACAGCUGAGGAUUCGACUUCUGCACCUGAUGAGAGCACCACAGCUGAGGAUUCGACUUCUGCACCUGAAGACAGCACUACAGCUGAGGAUUCCACUUCUGCACCUGAUGAGAGCACCACAGUAGAGGAUUCGACUUCUGCACCUGAUGAGAGCACCACAGCUGAGGAUUCGACUUCUGCACCUGAUGAGAGCACCACAGCUGAGGAUUCCACUUCUGCAUCUGAUGAGAGCACCACAGCUGAGGAUUCGACUUCUGCACCUGAAGACAGCACCACAGCUGAGGAUUCGACUUCUGCACCUGAUGAGAGCACCACAGCUGAGGAUUCCACUUCUGCACCUGAAGACAGCACUACAGCUGAGGAUUCCACUUCUGCACCUGAUGAGAGCACCACAAGGGACGAAACUACAUCCGCUCCUGAAGACAGCACUACAGUAGAGGAUUCGACUUCUGCACCUGAAGACAGCACCACAGCUGAGGACGAUACUACAUCCGCUCCUGAAGACAGCACCACAGCUGAGGACGAUACUACAUCCGCUCCUGAAGACAGCACCACAGCUGAGGAUUCGACUUCUGCACCUGAAGAGAGCACCACAGUAGAGGAUUCGACUUCUGCACCUGAUGAGAGCACCACAGUAGAGGACGAAACUACAUCCGCUCCUGAAGACAGCACUACAGCUGAGGAUUCGACUUCUGCACCUGAAGACAGCACCACAGCUGAGGAUUCCACUUCUGCACCUGAAGACAGCACUACAGCUGAGGAUUCCACUUCUGCACCUGAUGAGAGCACCACAGUAGAGGAUUCCACUUCUGCACCUGAUGAGAGCACCACAGUAGAGGACGAAACUACAUCCGCUCCUGAAGAGAGCACCACAGUAGAGGAUUCGACUUCUGCACCUGAAGACAGCACCACAGCUGAGGACGAUACUACAUCCGCUCCUGAAGAGAGUACUACGGCUGAGGAUUCGACUGCUGCACCUGAAGAGAGCACCACAGCUGAGGACGAUACUACAUCCGCUCCUGAAGACAGCACUACAGCUGAGGAUUCCUCUUCUGCACCUGAAGACAGCACCACAGCUGAGGAUUCCACUUCUGCACCUGAUGAGAGCACCACAGCUGAGGACGAUACUACAUCCGCUCCUGAAGACAGCACCACAGCUGAGGAUUCGACUUCUGCACCUGAAGACAGCACCACAACUGAGGAUUCCACUUCUGCACCUGAUGAGAGCACCACAGCUGAGGACGAUACUACAUCCGCUCCUGAAGACAGCACCACAGCUGAGGAUUCGACUUCUGCACCUGAAGAGAGCACUACAGUAGAGGACGGAACUACAUCCGCUCCUGAAGAGAGUACUACAGCUGAGGAUUCCACUACUUCUGCACCUGAUGAGAGCACCACAGCUGAGGACGAUACUACAUCCGCUCCUGAAGACAGCACCACAGCUGAGGAUUCCACUUCUGCACCUGAUGAGAGCACCACAGUAGAGGACGAAACUACAUCCGCUCCUGAAGAGAGUACUACAGCUGAGGAUUCCACUUCUGCACCUGAAGACAGCACUACAGCUGAGGAUUCGACUUCUGCACCUGAAGAUGGCACCACAGCUGAGGACGAUACUACAUCCGCUCCUGAAGACAGCACUACAGCUGAGGAUUCGACUGCUGCACCUGAAGAGAGCACUACAGUAGAGGAUUCCACUUCUGCGCCUGAAGAGAGCACCAUAGCUGAGGAUUCCACUUCUGCACCUGAAGAUGGCACCACAGCUGAGGAUUCCACUUCUGCACCUGAUGAGAGCACCACAGUAGAGGACGAAACUACAUCCGCUCCUGAAGAGAGUACAAAGGCUGAGGAUUCGACUGCUGCACCUGGUGAGAGCACCACAGUAGAGGAUUCGACUUCUGCACCUGAAGACAGCACCACAGCUGAGGAUUCCACUACUGCACCUGAUGAGAGCACCACAGUAGAGGAUGAAACUACAUCCGCUCCUGAAGAGAGUACAACGGCUGAGGAUUCGACUGCUGCACCUGAUGAGAGCACCACAGUAGAGGACGAAACUACAUCCGCUCCUGAAGAGAGUACAACGGCUGAGGAUUCGACUGCUGCACCUGAUGAGAGCACUACAGCUGAGGAUUCGACUUCUGCACCUGAUGAGAGGACCACAGUAGAGGAUUCGACUUCUGCACCUGAAGACAGCACUACAGCUGAGGAUUCCACUUCGGCACCUGAUGAGAGCACUACAGCUGAGGAUUCGACUUCUGCACCUGUAGAUGGCACCACAGCUGAGGAUUCGACUUCUGCACCUGAAAAGAGCACUACAGGUAAGGACGAAACUACUCCUGGGCCUGGAGAGAGCACUACAGCUGGGAAUUCGACAUCUGAUCCUGUAGAGAGCACAACAGAGAGCACCACAGAUGAUGUUGAUUCUACAACUGUCCAAGGCAGCUCAUCACCAUCGGAUUCAACAUCCGAGCCAGCGACAACAAAUCCCCAUUCCACUGAGACAACUUUAUCUGGAACUGGAUCGACGUCUAGUCCGGCGACGUCGCCAUCUCCUAUACCGCCGAUGUCUUGUGCCAGUGGCGCUCCCUAUUUGCCGCAUCCAUCGGAUUGCCAUAAAUUUAUACAGUGUGGCAACGGACAUGAAUACAUCAUGAAUUGUCCAGAUGGUCUCUUCUGGAACUAUCAGAACUUAUACUGCGGCUAUAAUGAGAGUGGCUGCUUCAACAACAGUGCAAAUAUUAAUCCCGAGGAACGGAUUUGCAAGAACGGAAUAGAUUUUCUGUCAGACCCAAGCGAUUGUACUAAAUAUAUCCAGUGCAGCAAUGGUCAACCAAUAGUACAGAAGUGUCCCGAGCCUUUGUAUUGGAAUCCCGUCCUGAAAGCUUGUGAUUGGUCCAGCAUCUAUUGUAAAACUCAGAAACAAGAGAAUGAAACCACAUCUUGUGCAAUGGGUAUGAAUUUCGACGUUCUCCCAACCGACUGUUCAAAAUACAUCAAGUGUUUCGGGGAGCGCGGAGUUGUGAUGAGCUGUAAUUCUGGACUUUUCUGGAACCCUGUAAAGGAAGUAUGCGAAAAAUCACAGCGGUUCUGCAAGUAAUAUGAGAGCUUGACUAGUUACUCGCACGAAACUAUAAUUUCUUUUUAAAUUUGUUUGUUAUCCCAUAUU